UGGGUAUUAAGUAUUUAUGAUCAAAGUAGGCUUUGUAAACCGUAUAAAUUUGACACUUGUGUCAAACUUUACCAUUCCUUACAAGGCCAUACAUGGAGUACAGUCGGGUAAUAAAACACGUGUAAUAACUAAUCUUUCUUCUACACAACUUAUAAUGCAGGAGGAAAAGGAAAACCAUCGUCGUCUGUGUGAAUAUUAUCAAUUCACACCAUCCAAACGUUUGUCGCACAAUAACGAUUCAGUUUCGACUCAAAGAUGCGAGAAGAAAUCUCUUCCUUUGCAACCUAGGUUCGACGAGUAUGGCGAGUCUGGGAUCCAGCGUAACAUUGCGCCGAAACUCCGACAAUCCGACAUAAAUUUUGAUGUCGAGGAAAAAGCUACCAAAUCCAUCUCUUGGAGAUCCCCGCUUGUUUCCAACUCACAAACCAGACACAGCCCUGUAACCCAACAAUCUAAUUUUUCCAUGAAUCCCAAAAACGAAUUGGUAAACUUACCGCCGUUAGGCGUAGGACAAAAUUAUCAUAUGACCACAGGACUGCCGCCAAAAGGUAAAAAGCCGUGCGUAAAAUUCCCGUUGUGUGACAGAGAAUUCACGGACGACAAUUUCAACACCUCCACAAAUUCUUUGAAUACGACCGAGGAUUUUUCGGACAUAUCAAACUUGUGCUCAGCCUCCUUUUUGGAACAAAUAGGAAUACAAAAGCAGAAACACAUUCAAACUACUCCCACAAGAGUUGGAGAUUAUUAUAAGAAAACUGUUACGCAAAAUAAAGAACGUAAUUUCGAAAGGAAAGACAAUGUUAUGAAGUACAAUUCUACUUCUGAAAAUUCCAAUAUAUUGGCGAGGAGUUCCCAAUAUUCCAGCUACACGAUUCCGUCAACAAUCGGCGAUUACCGCGAAGAGGGGGAACAAACUUCGAAUCCUAUUCCUCCUGCAACCGAUUAUUCAAACGAACACAUGGGACCUACAUUUACUUCUACUACACCUCUAACAAGAACAAACCAGAAGGAAAACAAGCCUGAAACAUACGCAUCUAAAUAUUUUCUCGAUAAUCGUUUUACAAACCAUCAAUCUAACCAACAGACGAACGUCCCACAAUACCAGAAACAAGAUACUACACCGACAAGAGUGGCUGGUCAUUAUAACCAGCAACCUGUUACAACUAGUGAUCGAAACUUUGAGUGGGAAGAUAAUGCUGUAGGAUUUAAUCCUAAUUAUGAACUCAAUCCCAACAUGUCAGUGAGGGCCACUCCGCAAUUUAACUAUAAUAUUCCUUUUAAGCCGGAUUAUCGUCAAGUAGAGGAUGAGCAGAUGUCCAAUUCUACCGCUUCCACAACCCAUCAUUAUUCAGAUGAAAACUAUCCAGAAACUCGUACAUCAAAAUAUUUCCUACCCAAUCGCCAAGAAAUACCUCAAAAUAUACAAUACUAUCCACCCAACCAACAAAUGGUUCUACCCCCACAAAUGCCCAUAGGAUAUUUACCCCCAAUGCCUCAGUAUAAUAAUUAUCCAUACAUGAAUUAUACCCCAACCAUGCAACCUUACAGCAGCCCCAUACCUUACCCAACUCCUUAUAACACUUGCUUUCCUCAGUAUCAAGUGCCGUUCACGUCCAUGCACGAACCCAACAGACAAGAAUGGAUUCAUCCCCAGCCUAUGGUUUACCCUAAUCAAGGGCACAAUGUUACAAAUGAGCCAAGAAUGGUUUAUGGCAAUCAAGAACUCAAUCAUGUUCCAAAUGAUAUGCAAAGUUCGUAUUUUGCCCAAAGAAGGAAUGAGCUUAAUAUGAAUAAUUCUAAUCGUUUUUAUAAGUAGUGUAAUUAAUUUAAUAGUAAUGUAAUUUAAUUAUUAAUUAAU